UCAUAAUUCAGUUAGACAUUAAACUUUACAGCGAACGGUGGUAUUUAUAUAAACGAUCGGACCUUCAAACUACUUUUUAAUUUGAUUAUACUGAAGUUUAACCAAAAUGUUGGCGCGUUAUCUAAAGCACAGUAGUAGAAUUAUCGAGCGAUCGUUGGGCGGACCGUCGCUGAGAGGCUAUGCAGUGGCACCACAGGCACAAGAACAGAUAAAUGACUCAUCCUCUUCAGCUGAAGCACUGGAAAAUGCACGUCCCUAUUCCGAGCUCUCUGGUCCGAGUGCGUACGAGGUAAUACGUGGAUUUUUGCCGGGCGGCGAGUUCCAUAAUAAACUUUUUACUGAAGGCAUUAUAGAAUUGUCCCUCAGAUACGGCGACAUUUUUCGUUUUCCUGCCAUGUUCGGGAAACCAGAAAUGGUUAUGAAUCUGAAUCCAGCUGAUUAUCCCAUAAUAUUUCGUAACGAAGGCAUAUGGCCUCAGCGACGCUCCUUCGAAACUUCGAACUAUCAUCGUGAGGUACAUCGUGCGGACUUUUUUCAGGGCGUUACUGGACUUGUAACGACUGCGGGCGAAGACUGGGCAAAAUUUCGCACAGCCGUCAAUCCGGUUUUAAUGCAACCAAAGAAUGCGAGACUCUACUUGAAUACGAUACUGGAAAUUAAUGAUGAAUUUCUUGAAAGAAUCCGACACAUACGCGAUCCGCACACACUCGAAAUGCCCGAUGACUUUCACGAUGAUUUGAAUCGUCUCACAUUGGAAGGCGUUGUUGGCAUAGCGCUCAAUAAGCGACUCGGCAUGUUACAUAAAAAUCGUGAUUCACCCGAAUGCAAAUUGCUAUUACAAUCCAUACGCAAUUUCUUUGACUAUUCUGAAGACUUGGAGAUAAAUCCCUCCAUUUGGAAAAUAGUCAAAACCCCGACUUUCUAUAAACUCAUGAAAUCGCUGGAUACACUAACGGAAAUUUGCAAUAAAUACAUUGAUGAAGCAUUGAAAAAACUCGAACAAGAUAAAGAUGGUAAACUCACCACUGAGGUGGGUAAGGAAAAAAGUGUUUUGGAGAAACUGCUGCGCAUUGAUCGCAAAAUCGCCGUUGUUAUGGCGCUUGAUAUGAUGGCAGCCGGCGUUGAUACCACCAGCUCCGCAUUAACAGGCAUACUCUUCUGUAUUGCCAAAAACCCCGACAAGCAACAGAAACUUUUCGAUGAACUCCAACGUAUUCUACCACAUAAGGAUUCCAAAUUGACCAUAGAAAAUAUGCAAAAUCUGCCUUAUUUACGCGCCUGCAUUAAGGAAGGCUUGCGCUAUCAUCCCGUCAUACCCGGCACAAUGCGUCGCCUACCCAAUGACGUUGUCUUGAGUGGUUAUCGUAUACCAGCGGGUGUCGACAUCUCCAUUAGCUCUAAUUUGUUAUUGCGUAAUGAGAAAUUUGUUGUUGAGCCAAACAAAUAUAUACCCGAACGUUGGGUACGCAAUGAUCCGGAGGGUCGGAAAUAUCACAUUGAGAAUCCAUUCCUUUUUCUGCCCUUCGGUUUCGGUCCACGCAGUUGUGUGGGUAAACGUAUUGUGGAUCUGGAAUUGGAGGUCACCCUAGCGCGUUUAGUGCGUAAUUUUGUGAUUGAAUUUAAUUAUUCCACGGAGAGGGCUUUCAUACCGAAAAUUGUAUUCAUACCGGGAAUACCAUUGAAAUUCAAAUUUCAAGAACGAGAGAUGUAAAAACAUUUCUUAAGUUAUAAGGUAUUAAGUAAAAUAGUAUUUAUGUAAAUAUAUAUGUGUUCCUUAUGUGAAUAUGUAAAGUUUAGCAAAAAAAAAAAAAAUGCUACUUAAAGUGAUACUUAAGUGAUAAGAUUACUCAAUGCAUGAGGUGGUCGCAUGAGACCUUUGACUGUGGCGUAGAUAUCGCUGUAACGCUAUAAUUUUAUAAGAGGGUUUGGAAAAUUUUAUUACAACUUUAUCAAAAAUUAUUAAAAUUUUAUGUACUUAAUUUA